AUUAGUAAUAGUGUUAGUACGAGUAUGAACACUGCUGGGAGCGGGUUUAAUGGCAGCCUGACUUUACGAGCAGCAUAAACGCACCAUUAGAGCCCCAGCCAAUAGCAUCAGAGCAUGACGCUGUGUUGUGGUGGAGUUGACCAAUCAGCGGCCGUCGUGCAGAGUAAACGGACACUCGGCAUCGGGUCCCUGUCUACCAGUGUGUGCGCGCCGCGCUGCUGCUCCAGUGCAACAAAGGAGCCGUCGCUGGUCGCUACGCGGCUGAAACACACGUCCCACCGCUGGAAUAACGCGGUUGUCAUCGGCGGAGGCGAGGACAGGAUCCGGCUCUCCUGGAACUCCCGGCGAGGCCAGUCGUUCGGCGACGAGUGGAGUUUGUGUUCGGGUCUCUGUGGGACCCCAAGAGGAGGAUUUGGCACGUGGCAGCAAGGAGUCAUCAGUGAGACGCAGACCAGCAGAUGUUGGACAAAAGGGUGGAGGAGCGACACCCACUCUGUCUUCCUGAAGACGUUUGUGGCAUGAAACCAGAUCAGACGCAUCUUUCAUUCAUCACCUCCUCCUUCAUCUCCCUCCACCACUCUCCAGUAAGGAACUCUCUCUCAGCUCCACCGCAUUGAUGAGGUAACGUCGAGCUCCAAGCAACGCAGCAUCCACCUGCUCAAACGCCACCCUCCCCCCUUCCUCCCCCUGCCUUCUGUUAACCCUUCCAUCACAGCCAUGGGACAGAAGAUUUCUGGUGGAAUUAAAUCGGUGGACGGUCGCGGGGAAAGCGGCGGCUCCCCAUCCUACCGGCCCUUGGCCCAUCGCCGGCAGCACCCAGAGCUGAGGGGCCCGGACUUCUCCAAACCUCCCAGGCUGGAUCUCCUCCUCGACAUGCCAUGCGCUGGACUGGAGACCCAGCUCCGUCAUGCAUGGAACGCUGAUGACCGAUCACUCAACAUAUUCAUCAAAGAUGAGGACAAGUUCACAUUUCACCGCCACCCGGUAGCUCAGAGCACGGACUGCAUCCGGGGGUGUGUUGGAUACACAAGGGGACUCCAUGUGUGGAAGAUCCACUGGCCCACCCGGCAACGAGGCACCCAUGCUGUAGUUGGGGUGGCAACCUCAGAAGCUCCUUUACAUUCUGUUGGUUACACGGCACUGGUGGGUUCAGACUGUGAAUCCUGGGGCUGGGAUCUGGGACGGAACCGGCUCUACCAUGACAGUAAGAACCGGGCCCACAGCGCGCUGCCGUCUUACCCCUGUUUCCUGGAGCCGGAGGAGUCGUUCACCCUGCCGGACUCUCUGCUCGUGAUUCUGGACAUGGACGAAGGAACCUUGAGCUUCAUGGUCGAUGGACAGUAUCUAGGUGUGGCAUUUAGAGGGCUGAAAGGCAAGAAGUUGUAUCCCAUCGUCAGUGCUGUGUGGGGACAUUGUGAGAUAUCCAUGAAGUACAUCAAUGGCUUGGAUCCCGAGCCUCUCCCUCUGACGGACCUGUGUCGCCGUGCGGCCCGCCUGGCGCUGGGUCGUGAGCGGCUUCAGGAGAUCGAGAGUCUCCCUCUCCCCCAGUCCCUCAAAAAUUACCUCCAGUACCAGUGACUGACCAGAGCAGAGACAACUGGGAGAACAGCGACACAAACCAGACCACCGGAAAGUCCAAAGAUGGAUGCAUGAACGAAAUGUAUUGAAAUGAUGCAAACUCGGGAGGUGGAUGGGAGAACGUCCACACUGAGAGCGCCGGAAGGAUAGAUGGAUGAACUGACAGUGGAGGUCCAGGCUUCCACACUAAGGACCGGACAGCACCAGCUUCUUUUGGAUUUCCGAGCUGCUCUUUCAUUUGUUUUGGACUUAUUGAAAUAAAUUAUUGAUGAUGGUAUCCCAUCAGUUUCCUCCGAUGGUAUGGCUUUUGCGGACGAGACGGUGGUUAGACGAACAUCACCACCUGGUGAUGAGAAGGAGAACUGCGACAAGAAGGCCCACUUCCCUGACCCACGGAGGCCUUUCUGACACUCAGUCAGUGACAAUAUCCUUGUGUUGGACGCCACAGUGAGUAUCCGGACGUCCAAGAGGAUUUUAGCACUAAAGUCAUAUUUCUGUGACGACUCGCGGCUCCCGACCAAAAUCUCCCACUGCACACUGAUUGGAAAGUUGCUUGCAGGGGGGUUGGCAAAGUUUAGCACACAAUACUUCUCUCCUGGCUUCAUGCAGAUAUUUGGUGAUAGUUGAGCCCUUUUCAGACAUGGAGUAAGUAAUGACUAUUUAAAGUUACAGCACCAGGCAGCAGCUGAUGAGCAAGACGGAGCAGUGGAGUUGAAAAGUAAAGUAAAACAAAGGGGCCCAGUGAUGGAUUUUGAAAACAUACUGAAACAUCCAACCUUGCACCAGUUCAGAAUAUUGAGAGGUACAUUUACAUAUUGUAUGCAAAGCAGCUCAAUAUACAGGAUUUGUCUUAUUUUGUCCAUUCCCUUUCAUAAAACCUGAAAUAUUAAGGAGGGUCUAAUAAUGUACAAGAGUUUUGUUUGUUGCUGUUUAAAAAAGAAAAAACUUUUUGCCCCAAAAAGGAAAUAAAAACAUAUUUAUUAUUGCCUGAUCUGACAUGAGAGUGAUUUCAAGAACCUGGCUUCAGAUCUUGAAAUAUUUCUUACUUUCAUACUUUAGCAUGGCUGGGUAGGACCCAGCUGUUGUAAGAUUUUAACAGAAACCAGUGCUACUUCUGACUGGUAGAUGGAGGCACUGUAUGUGACAUCACCUUUUUCUAGCGAUGAGCCGUUCCUGCUUCAGUCAUGUCAGCGGAUGAAAAACAAAUUUCUAACGCCGUCAGUUACAGUAAGAAACUUAAUAAGAAACACUUUUGGUCUGCACUCAUCGUGCUGCUGCAGCCUUCACGUUGAUGUGACAAUAUGCAGUUCAGACACUGUGCCACAGUGUCACGGCUCUGUGCACCGGGUCCAGCUCAUUGUGAUGGUCGUCAUGGUUUUUACUCAAGUGGCUGCAUGUCUGAAAGGGGCUUCAUCACAAGAAACAACUGGGACAAAACUGCUGAGUGUUAAGUUGCACUGAGAAACAUUCCUUUACCUGGCGCUGAAUCCUGUAUUAUGAUGUCAGUUGUGACCAAAGUGUUUCACUCUGAGUGUGUGAACGUGUCUCAGGAGCGGAGCUGUAGGUCGGGGGGGGGGGGGGGGGGGGGGGGGGUCCGCAGUGUGACCAGUGCUUACCUGCUGUUGGCCGUCAGAGGAGCCUCACCUGCUGAUGUUUGUAGCAGCCUGCUGUAGCUCACUGGUACCAGACCGUAUCUGUCUGCUCUCCGCACAACUGUCUUAAUGACCACAAACAAAAAGACCAGAUCAGAUCUAGUCUAUCUGGAUCUUUAAUAAAGGCUUGAGCAGGAUGUAGGAGCAUUACUGCUACUGCAGUGGCAUACAGUGUGUUUUAUAACACACACACACACACACACACACACACACACACACACUUUCUUUCUUAAAAAAGGCUUGAGUCACUUUUUUUUACUUCUGAGUUUGUAUCCUACAUUGUUAUUAUUAUUAUAUUAUUAAUAAUUAUUAUUAUUAUUGUUGUUGUUAUGAGUGUGGAGUCUGAUGAUGAUGAUGAUGAUGGUGGUGAUGAUGUUUACUUAUCACAAGCUAAUUCUAUGUUGUUGUUGUUUUUUUUUAAACUGAUCAGUGAUGGUUACAUUCAGGUCAAUGUAAUACAAAGAUGCUAGUGACGAAGGGAGAGAGAAAUCAAAACUAGUUGAUUCAAUGCUGCUUUUAUUAUUAUUUUUGUAUUACUAUUAUAAUUGUCAUUAUUUGGGAUGGCGGUGGUCCCACCUCUGUUCCCGUCUGUAGGGACGGGAGGGAGAAAGGGACCAUUUCAGAGAAGUUGUAGAAUGUAUGGGCAGUGCAGUUGACAUGUCAACAGAUAUGAAAUGUGAAUAAAAGCCAAGUGAAUUUGAAAAAAA